AUGGCGCCUCGGUCAUCCCGCGAGUUCUUCGAGGAGGACCUGUAUGAACGGGAUCGAUACUCCAACGGUGGUCGACGGGACCGCUUCGUGGAAGAAGACAUCGACUUCCGUCGACGGUCUGGACCCCCGGUGCGAGAGCUUGAACGGCUGCGCAUGCGAGAUCGCUCCGUCCCCGAUUUCCUGCAUGAAGACUACACCAAGAGCCGUGAUGCCGGUCCCCUGGUGCUGAAGCGGGAGCGGGACGAGUUCGAGUACCGUCCACGCGAGAGGCCUCGACCGAGAGAAGUUGACCGGGAGGAGAUCCGCAUCAUAGAGGAGGAGCGAGAUAGAGAGAGAAGAAGACCAGUCGAUCGGGAUGAGAGGGAGGAGAUCCGUAUCCGUCGACGCGACCGGUCCUUGCCGCCGCUGGAGCGUGAACGGGAGGAAUACAUCAUCCGGCGGGACAGGAGGAGUCCACCUCGGUCAGAGUAUGAGCAGGACGAAGUUAUCUUCCGUCAUUCGGACCGCGAUAGGCGUCGGGACUACGAAUGGGAGCGGGAUGAACGCUACCGGUCUCCUUCUCGCCAUCGGUCUCUUUCUCGCCGUCGCUCAAGGUCCCGACAUCGACCCAGCGACAAGGAAGAAAUCAUUAUCCGCAGAGAUGAGCGUGAGGGUGGCCGUCGGAGAAGCGAUUCGGAGAGAGAGGAGAUUAUCAUUCGCAGACAGGAAGAGAGAUCACCGUCGCCAGAACCUCCAGCACCUAUUGAUCCACCGCCCAUUCGCGCACCGCCCAUUCACCAGGAGAUAAUCACUCAUCAUCGCCAUAUCGAUCAUGGAUUCGAGGUAGUACCUCCACCCCGAGUACGGAGUCCUGGCGGCGAAAGAAACGGUCGGCCAUACCAUGACGAUAUUACAAUCGACCGAAGGGAGAGAGACGACUCGCCGCCUCGCCUGCGGCGUCGCUCCUCUGCAUACUACGACCGUCGGGAGGAAGAUGAGGUCGUCAUUUCCCGCAGGAGAGGCAAAUCCCUAGAUCGCGAGAGGGAAAUUGUCAUCCGAGAACGUGAUCGUCGAAAUGGAUUGGACCGCCGGGAUGAGCGGGACAUUCAGGAAGAGGCUGAUUACUACAAUCGUAUCAAUGCAGAACGCAGCUAUAUUGGCGAAGCCUACAACGGAGCCACCCGCGACUGGACCAUCGUCGAUGUCCCGCCCGGCACCAAACGGGUCACGAUGGACGGCAUCGGCGGUGCGAAGCAGGAGAUAAGCUGGCAGCGAUACAACGGCGUCCGUCGGUCAAGGUUCAUCACCGACAGCGAGGAGAUUGAGGAACAGGAGCCGGAGAAUGACGUUGGCCGUAUCGGACGCCGCUACGUGGGAGUCAAAGACCGACAUGAGAAGCUAUGGACGGAAAUCACCAAGGAUCUGGUCGUGAGGGAGGCCAUUGAGCGCUCUGGCUACGAAUUUGAGGAGACGGAAUAUUUCUACUACAUCUUUGCUUACCUUCGCUAUGAUGAUAUUGCCGCCUUGGUUGAUCUCUCAGAAGAUAUCCGUAGAGCACGACGUGAGCGGAUCCAUGAAAUCCAUCGCGAACGCGCCUCUCUGCCUCCCCCACCGGCACCGAUACCAGUACGAACACCAUUGAUGCUGGAGCGGCCCCCGCUACCUCGUCAUCCAUGGGAGGAGGAGAAAAUCCGCGAGCGUGACCUGGUCAUCGAAGAGAGACGACCAGCACGGGGAAGAUGGUAG